AUGUGUGAUGCGGCGCCUCAACCCGCGGAUCCGAAUGGCGGAAAGAAACAGCGAUGGCGCCGGGAUCAGAAGCCAGCGGCUCCACGUCAGCCGCCUGCAAAGGGCUACGCAGACGUAGGAGCGCGGUCAAAGCUGCCAAGCCCGUCGGUGCCCGUGCCUUUGUCCGAUGAGCAGGUGCAGCAAUUCAUCGUGGAGGGAUUUCUGGAGCUGCCGCCCGAAGACGACGGUGAGCUGCAUGACUCUAUCUUCAAGCAGGCCGUGGCUUUUGGCCGACGUGCCGAAGAGCUUGGGAACAAUGUCUUGCCAGCCAUUCCAGAUUUGGUGCACGUCUAUGAGUCUCCUCGAGUCCGCGGGGCCAUUGAGAGCCUGCUGGGGCCGUGCUAUCUUCUGCACCCGCACAGAUACUGCCACACCAGCGAGCGGCCUGCGCCACAAACGUGGCAUCGCGACUCGUUCUGGGGGCAUUGGCAUCCACGAAAUGCCUGCAUGUACUGGAUCAUGGCACUGUAUUUCCCUCAGGAUACACCGCUGGAGCUGGGCCCCACGGAGAUCAUGCCCCGGAGCCAGUGGUACAACAAGGAUGAGAAAAGCGAUCGAGGUCCCUACUAUGGGUGCGCCCGCUUCAACGAUCGAGAGGCAGAGUCGGGCGUUCCUGCUGUGAACUGGCAUGUGCAUGCCCGACCGUUGUGCUGUUCAGCGGGCACCGUAGUCCUUAUGCACUACGAUCUUUGGCACCGGGGCGGCGCCAACAUCAGCGACGGAAUCCGCUACAUGUUCAAAUUUCAGUUCAGCCGGAUGCUCAGCCCUGCCUUGGCGCCGCGCCUGCGCUCGGCGCCCGGCGAAGCCAUCGUUUGGGAGAAGUUCUUCCAGGAGGAUGUGGAUGCGCCAGCACGCAUGCAGCCGGUUUGGCAGGGUGUUUGGGACUGGCUGCAUGGAGCAUCCGAGGUGCCAUCGCAAGAAGACGCUGAGGAUGCGAAGGUGUUGCUUUCCGACCUCCUCGAGGGGCACGGACAGGAUGCCUUCGACCCGGUGCGUGUGGCGGCAGCUUGGAAGCUGGCGAGACUCUGUAGGGCUCGGCCGCCAAUGCUUUCGAAGGUCUUGGCCGCAUUGGACCAGCUGCUGCAUCUUCGUGGCCGGAACGUGAUGCAUGUCCUCGACAUGUUGGGCCCGGUGGCUGUGCCGCUUUUGCUGGAGAAGCCUGCAGUUCGGCAGUCGGCUGACGCUGUGCACGGCCUCGGCAGGUGUCUGGAUCUGGCCGAUUUGGACGGAGGCGAGGCGGGGGCGAAGGCCCUGCAGGCCUUGGAGGAGGUCUUGAAGGGCGCCAAGGAUCCUCUCGUUCGCAUAUGCGCCGCAGAGGCGCUUGGCUGCUUGCGCCUGCAGGACACCGCCUGGCCUUUGCAACAAGCAGUGGCUGAGGAUACUGUCGGCGCUGUCCGAGCCACGGCGCUCCACGCCUUAAUCCGGCUCCUGACCUCCGGGAGCCUGGUGGAGGAUAGCUGCCUGCAGGCCCUCCGUGCUACCGCCCAAGCCGUGAAACCCAAAGACCCGGAUCGCUAUGUUCGUGCUUACGCCGCCGAGCUCUGCCACAGGAUUGACAUUGUACAGCAGCUGGCCUGGGAUGCUCCAGGAGCCAACGCCGCUGCUAUGGUGGAAAGCAAUCGAAACGCGCACAUUCCACCGUUGGUGCGCUGGUGCACCUGUGGCGACGGCUGGCACCCAUAG